AGUCUGUAGGAAUCCGAGAGAUGGCACUGCGGUAGUUUGUCAUCGCCCCGAUCGCCGAACGAAGUGCAGAGGUUGGAAAAAUUGUGUUUAAUUUUCUGCAUAGAGAAGAAAAUCCCCAUAAAUUCCAUCCCUAGUUGAGUGAGUUCCUGUUUGAUUGAUUAGUGAUUGAAUUGGGAAGCAAUGGCUGCUACUGCACGGAUUUUUGCCCGAGUCAAAGAUAACCUCGUACUGCCCGGAGUGAGGUUCAGCAGUGUCUACAAUGCUACACGAAAGAACCUCGUACUUACUUCAGAAACCCGAGUGAUCUGCCAAGGCUUCACUGGCAAGCAGGGUAGCUUCCAUGGGAAGCAGGCCAUCGAGUAUGGAACCAAGAUGGUUGGAGGAGUGUCUCCUGGCAAAGGAGGAAAGACCCAUCUGAAUCUUCCCAUCUUCAACACGGUAAAGGAGGCGAAAGAUGCGACAAACUGCGAGGCUACUGUGAUCUAUGUGCCACCGCCGCACGCCGCCAAAGCCAUCUUUGAGGCUCUUGAGGCGGAAAUUCCGCUGAUUGUUUGCAUCACGGAGGGAAUUCCGCAGCAAGAUAUGGUCCGUGUGAAGCAUGCUCUGCUGAGGCAGGACAAAUCCCGCCUCGUGGGACCCAAUUGUCCGGGAAUCAUUGCACCGGAUCGCUGCAAGAUUGGCAUUAUGCCGGGGCAUAUUCAUCAACAGGGUUGCGUGGGCGUUGUGUCACGUUCCGGAACGCUAACUUAUGAAGCGGUGAAUCAGACGACGGAAGUGGGCUUGGGGCAGACUCUGUGUGUGGGAAUUGGUGGAGAUCCCUUCAAUGGAACUGAUUUUAUCGACUGCCUCAGUAUCUUCCUCAAGGAUCCCGAGACAAAGGGCAUUGUGCUAAUUGGUGAGAUUGGUGGAGUGGCUGAGGAGAAGGCAGCUGAAUUUCUGCUUGAACACAAUCAGGGUAUCAAAGCGAAACCCGUUGUGUCCUUCAUUGCGGGCCUGACGGCGCCACCGGGACGUCGAAUGGGACACGCUGGUGCCAUUAUUUCGGGUGGCAAGGGUGGGGCACAGGAUAAGAUUAAUGCCCUGGAGAAGGCUGGUGUGAUUGUGACGCGCAGUCCGGCGCAGAUGGGCAAGGAACUCUACAAGGAGAUGAAACGUCUUGAACUCGUUUAAGGAGGAUUUGCAGGGAGUCUCAAAAUAGCCAGCACCCAAAAAGGGGCAUCAUCCACAGGGCCUCCCAGGGGCGCUUCAACCAUCUCAGUGUGGGUAUUUUUGUUUUUGAUCAUCUCUCAAGAAUUUCCAUUCAAAUGGCGUUUAUGCUGAGGGCUGCAAUUGUUUCUCCAGUGUUUCAUCCAUGUUUCUCUCGUGUUGCAGUGUCUCGAGCACGCUUAGCCCAUUUCUUCCCUUUUAGUCCUUGUCUUUGGCCUUUCUCUCAGCAAAUUCUCCGUUUGAUGGAGAUUUUUGGGAUGAUUCAUACAGAUAAAGAAUAAAAAUUGUUAUUUAUAAAUAAAGAAAGAAUUGAGAAUGAACAGCGACAGAGAUUAUUAAAGAGCAGAAAAUAAAGGAAUCACACAAUAGAAAGAUAUUUAGUAAAUUAACGCACUCUUUCGAAUGUAAUAACAAAAUUAUAUUAAAAUUGUGAAGAGCAAGUUGUGGAAUUAAAUUAAAUUUAAUCGAAUGGUAAA